GGCAAAAAAAAAAAAAAAGUUAGUGCUUAUCUGCAAACUGGUGCCCCUCCCCUCCUCCUCGUGUGAGCUGGAGAGGCCAAACUGAAUGACACAUGUGCUGUUUCCUUUUCCAGUGGUAAAUGGUCAAGAACCAGACAAGAAGCUCCGGAACAAGAGCUGCUUUCUCUCCUGGUUUCUCCCAGUCCUGCCAGCUGUUGCAGUUUCAUCUGCCUUUGGACUGCGGAUAGGGAAGCCCGACUGACUGUCAGUAGAAAAAAAAUAUUUAAAAAAAGACAGGCGGAGAGAGAGGGGGGCAGUUUUGAAUGCGUAAAGGAUGGCUUCUCAAAACAGUACAACAUCUGCUCCACCUGCAAAUAUUGGAAGCUCUCCGACUGCAGCUGAUAUUGCAGUCAUCGGAGGUGUCAUUGCAGCUGUGGCUUUUGUCUUGAUUUGCCUCUUGGUAGUGAUGCUGAGAUACAUGUACCGGCACAAGGGCACCUACCACACCAACGAAGCAAAGGGAACCGAAUUUGCCGAAAGCGCAGAUGCCGCUUUGAAAAAUGACCCUACCCUUCAAGAAGCCAUGGAUGAGAGCCGGAAAGAAUAUUUCAUCUGAGAGCAAAGGCAGCCCCACUGAGUCAUACUUAGUCAUUCUCUCCUUCCCAAGGGAAUCGAUCAGAGACAUCAAAAAGCACCGGGAUACAGCAAUUGCACAGAGGAGAACAAGGGGACUAAUUGAAAUAUUGCUGCUUGCCCCCAAGAAGAAGCAACGCCAGAUCCAUGGCUGUUUAUUUGAUUUUAACAGCACAACUCAGUUCAAUAUCAGAUCAAGAGAAACAAAAAAAACUCAGGAUGAGUGAUUAACUGAUAACAGAUAAUAGCAUCAAAUGUCAAACCUUGACAUUUGGCAAAAAAUAGCAGGUACCAACUGAAAGCAUCCUCAUAGGUUCGUUGAUCCAUCCCACACUGAUACAGCACCUGAAAGUGAAUUCUAAGCUGCAACCCAACAAACGUUGUGAUGUAUAAAACAGAGGAUCUUGGCACAAGCACUACUUUGAACACAUAUAUUGUAGCCAGAUACUUGGCUUUUCUUAACAUGCAUAAGCUUGCCAGUGUGAAUAUAUAUGUGUAUAUUUGUUUUGAGAAGACUAAAAAACAACAGCAACCAGGAUCUGACAGAAAAUGCAAAGAAAACACUGAGGAAAGUUAAAAUGAAGGAUUUUAUUUCCAGAUAGCUAGUGUGGUGUCAUAAUAAGACUCUGUGGUGGGAGUGUAAAUUGGUUUGCUUGGCGCCUGUGUUGACUUAUAGUUGUUGUUGUUUAGGAAGAGUUGCCCUUGAGCUGCUCUUUCACUGCUCUUCUGAGAUUUUAUAUUUGCCUGUAUUAAACUGGCUCCACCUGCUUAGUUCCCUGCGUUUCUUGAAGCACUUCUGCCAUAACCCAGAAGGCCCUGCAGAAGAGGGAAUUGUUCAGACAAACACUAUGACAUGUGAGUCCUUUGUCCUGAGCCAUUCUUCCUAGUUCAAAUGAACAAAAUGGGUAAGUUGCAACCAAGGCCACAGCCUAAAUCGAACUUAGAGUCAGUCUACAAUCUAUACCAGGUGGGACCCUCCAGAUGUUGCAGAACUACAACUCCCACAUGCCCCAGCAAGUGAGUUCUAGCUCAACAAUAUCUGGAGGGCCAAAGUUUCCCCACACCUGGUCUAUGUGUUUUUGUAGGCUGGCUCUAAGGUUAAGAGAGUACUGUAUGUCCUCGGGUCUAUACGACUCCAAGUCCACAAGCCACAUAUGAUCACCUGCCAUGUGCUUGACAACAACCCACAACCACAAUUUUUAUUAAAGAAAAAGAAAUGGUUUAUUCUGUUGGCCAAAUUUUAGAGGGGCCAUGGGGGGGGACUCCCUACUUACAUUUUGUGGUAUGCCCCUUAACUCCCAAAAGUAAAGGGGUACCAUGGUUUGGGGUUGUCAUUAAGGGCCCCCAUAACUCUCCACCACCACAAUUCAAUCAUUCAAUCAAUCAGUCAGUCAAUCAAUCAAUCAAUCAAUCAAUCUCUACUCACUCUCCCAUUGGAGGCUACUUCUCCUUGCCUCACUUGAAAACGUUUAGCAUGGCUUCCCACAUGGAUCCUCCUAAACCUAUAAUGAUUCCUUAUGACAGUACUAGAUUUCAUGGGAGUGUUCAUUGCUGAUGUGAAAAAGCUCCAUGUGACCAGAAAAAUCCAUGUGGCUACAUGUUUCAGCCAUGAUGUAGGCUUUACAUGGCAGAGAGUUCCAACAUGGAAGUAUCCUCCUUGGGCCAAAGUAAACCAUGGAAUGACUCUUCAUGUUACAAGAGACUUGGGAAAAGUGAGAAGGAAAUAAAUGAGCUAGUGAAAACAGCAGUUUUUACUUGAAGGUUCCAAAUUCAUUAUAGAGAGCCAAAUGAUAAAACUGUAACAGGUCUGGAAUAUCUUCAAAGUGCACACUGAGCAUACAUAUGGAACCAUGGUGAACUGCAAUCUUGCUAUGGCUGUGAAGAGAGAAAGCAGUCAAAUGCCACUUAUACAGCUGAAAACACAUCACCUAAAUGCUUUCUGAAUUGUGCUACUAAGCACCAUUCAGGAAACCAACCAUCAUUUGGUCACAAUAGAGUAGAAUAUUCCAUACAUACACUGCCUUAGGGGAACAAGCCUUGUUCCAGUCCUAUAUUCUUUUAAUCCAGAUUUCCCACACUCCAGAUUUCCAUCUUUCCAUUGGCAACCAUAAGGAGGCUCCUGGCAAUAAGAGGUGGCCCAAAAUGUGCUAGCUAAGCCUAUGGCCAUUUUACCCAAUAUGCAAAUCUGAUUCAAAAUUGGUGUUAUGUCUCAAAGAAAAUUAACUUUUGAUCCCACCAGUUUAUUUUAUCAGUUUAUUUUAUAUUUAUUUACUUUCCUGUUUUGUUGACAGUAUUCCUCUAACCAAAGAAACAAUCAAAGUGCAAUGGCUCUUCCCCCUCCCCCAUUGCUAUUUAGCAAUUUUAGUUAUUAAAACACAUACACAAUUA